CUUAGCAACCUAAAUAAGAGACUUUUUUUCCUGCUUCUCUCUAUCUCAAUUUUCUUGUAACUUUCAUGUCUUCAACUCAAAGAUAACUCAAUACAUAUAUCCCAUCAGGAAGAGGGAGGUAGCAGCAUCAAUGGAGCAAGCGCGAUACUGGAUGUGGGCAAAGAGGAAACAGUGUCUGACCUCUUCUGGUGAUUCCUGGGAAGAACAAGCCUUUGCAGAAGACUCAUCUGGGCCUCUUGGAGGAUGUAUAUGGCCUCCAAGAUCUUAUUCCUGCAGCUUCUGUAGGAGAGAAUUUAGGUCCGCUCAAGCCCUAGGUGGUCACAUGAACGUCCACAGAAGGGAUAGGGCAAGACUUAAGCAAUCUCCCACAACUCCUCCCCACACUGAAAUUCUUCAUCAUCAUCAUCAUAAUCAGAUUAGUAUUCCUUCUUGUACAUCUCUCGGUUCCGCUGCCAGUGGUGCACAAUACCCACCAAGUCCUCAGGUUUGCAACUCUCUCUACAAUAUUCCCAACUCUAACACUAACACAGCUAUUGUUGUUGCUUCAUCAUCUCCAUCAUCACCUUCUAGGGUUUCAGCACCAUCCAGUACUCAUCAUCAAGGGAAUUAUAGUGAACAGACUUUGAUCUCUCCUUCCUAUUCUUCCUCUUCUUCCAUUAUUCUUCAACAACAUCAACAACAAACAAAAGGAUCCCCUUUCUCUCCACCUCCAUCUUGGUCGGAUUCUGUUGCUGUUAGGGUUCUCUCAGAGGAGAUUGAAGAAGUGAAGAAGUUUAAUACAUCAGAGUCAGGACGCCGGGUUCUGGGGGAUGUUGUGGGUGUGAACUGGAAUUUAGUUGUCCAUCCAAGCCAAUCAGUUGGAUCAGGUGAUGGUGGUGGUGGUGAGAACGAUGAUGUGGAGGAGGCGGGGGCUUUUAUUAGAAAGAGAAGGAGAAGCGAUGAUGCAUCAUCGUUGCCUUUCUUUCUGUUCAAUUCAAGCUCAGUUGAUAGACAUCAUCAUCUCCAAUCGGAGGUGCUUGGACUUGGAACGAACUCCAUGGAGGACUUAGAUCUUGAGCUGAGGCUUGGUGAUGGCCCCAAGGUGAAGUAGAUCAGUUGCAUAUUCUAUAUACGAAUGAAACAAAUUAAAUAUUACUUGUCCAUUUUGUUCAUUUUCUCCUCCUCUUACUUCUCUUCUUAUCCUUUUUUUUUUUUUCCUUUUUCUGUUUGAUCCUCAUGGGCAAGGAAGGACUUAGUUCUUGAGGCUCAUCACUUGAUCUUUUCUUUUCCAAGUUUGAAAUUUGCAGCUUGUAACAUUUAACAAGAUUGAGAUCACAGAUAGAAUGAA